GAGGUUAUGAUUGUCAACAAAUGGAGAGGAAUUUGAAUAAAAAACACCUUGAAAAAGUUUAUAAAACUUCUCUAUAGUAGCAUUUAUUAAUAUCUGACUGAAUGGGAAAAAUCAAGAGAUGGACGAGUUCAAGUAUUUGUUUAUCAUUGAUUUUGAGUCAACAUGCUGGGAAAAGAAAUUUAUGGCUGACUGGGAAAUUAUAGAAUUCUCAGCAGUUUUCUACAGUCUCUAUGAAGGUAGAAUUGAGAAGGAGUUCCAGCAGUUUGUCUUUCCCACAGAGAAUCCCAAAUUGAGUGCAUUCUGUAGCAAAUUGACUGGAAUAACGCAGGAACUUGUGGAACGGGAAGGAGUUCCCAUUGGCACUUGCCUGAUGCUGUUCAACAAAUGGGUGAAGGAAAUCCUUCAGGAGUAUGGACUGAUAUUCCCUAAGAUGACCAGGGAUAAUCUCCAUGGAAAUGUGGCUCUUAUGUCAUGGUCCAAUUGGGACUUUGGACAAUGCCUCAAGCAAGAAUGCUCCCGGAAACGAAUCAAGCGACAAUCGUACUUCAAUCAAUGGAUUGAUCUGAAAGAGUCCUUUGAGAAAUUCUUCAAAUAUCCACCGAGAUCAUUCAGGGAUGCCUUGGACUUUUUGGCCUUUGAGUUCGAAGGGCAGGAACAUUGUGGAUUGCAUGAUGCUCGGAAUGCUGCGAAAAUCGUCAAUUUCAUGUACAAACACAAAGCCAAGUUCAAGAUUACAUCGGAUUUACUGCCAGCAAACAAAAUGAACUUCUCCUUCUAGACAUUGUCUUUAUUAGACUAGAAAAA